CUCAGAUGAUAAGAAUGUGAUAUUUGGGGUGAAAAGGUCACACCCAAUGGACAUGAAACCACGGCUUGAUGUGUUCAUGCCUGGUAAUACUGAUGAAGAUGUAAGCAACUUUCAAGUUGUUGGUAGCCACAUUCAAAAAUCUUGCACUAUUUACAAAGGUGACACCAUCAUUGCUCAGGUAAGUGAUGUGUUCCCAAGCAGAAACUUCAGCAAAUGGAAAGAAAGCUAUAAAGUGAAGAUUAAUGAAGGGGUGGAUUAUGCUUUCGUCAUGGCAUUACUUGUAAUAUUAACCGUAAAUGACUACAUUUGAAUUUGGUUUCCCUCA